AUGGCGUACCAACAGCCGCCUCCCUCGCAGCAGCAACAGCAAGCAUCGCCAGCGUCGGCUUCAGGACAGUCACAGCAAUCGCAGCAGCAGCAGUCUCAGCAGCAACAGCUGCCGGCCGACCCAAAUUCCGCUCAGAACCGCCUCCAUCUGAACUUUGGCUUCACAAACUCCCCGAAUUUCGCCGCUGAGCAAGGUCGGGCUUUCCCGACCACUCCGUCAACCUUCCCACAACCGUUCCCCAACUCCGCGGGUCAGCAAGAGGUAUGGGGCGCACAGCCGGCGAGCAGUGGCAUCAACAGCCAGGGAUACUUUUACAACAGCAACAACCCGGCAGGCUACCAACAGCAGUACGCCAAUGCCUCCCCAGGCGCAGGUUAUCGCUCGCCGGGCGGCUUCGAUCAGAUGACCAACGGUCUCGCACACCAAUUCCAACAUCAGAACCUCGGGGGCAACACCCCUCGUUCCUCCAGUCCGUACAACAGACAACCGUCUCCCGCCAAUGCUCGACCUCGCACCGCCGGAGCCACCACCAGCUCCCCAGGCUAUGCGAACUAUCUGAGCGCCCCGGUGCCCCAGAUGCCUCCUCAGCCUUCCAUCUACGACGAUGAACCGCCAGUCAAGAACUCGGAGAAGUACUCGAGCUCUAUCACCGAGCGGAUGAAGGUGCAGAAGCUCCUGACACAGGAGUUCUUCCGGGAGAAUGUCGAGCGGGCUCGGGCACGAAAUGAGAGAGCAAAGGAACUGGACACCGCCAUGAGUUCGGAAAUGUCCGAUUCCCGAAAGGAAGCCCGCAAGAACACCUGCCGCAAAUCCGAAGCCAACUUCUUGCGGUUCUUGCGCACCAGUGAAAAGCCCCAGAACUACCAGACGCUCAAGAUCAUCGGCAAAGGAGCCUUCGGUGAGGUUCGAUUGGUGCAGAGGAGACACGAUGGAAAGAUCUAUGCCCUGAAGUCUUUGAUCAAGAACGAAAUGCACAAGAAGGACCAACUUGCACACGUCCGCGCCGAGCGGGACAUUCUUGCAAACGCGGACAGCCCGUGGCUCGUCAAGCUGCACACCUCAUUCCAGGAUUCCACUUUCCUGUACAUGUUGAUGGAGUUCUUGCCAGGUGGUGAUCUGAUGACUAUGCUCAUCAAGUACGAAAUCUUUUCCGAGGACAUCACACGGUUCUACAUGGCCGAAAUCACACUGGCGAUCGAGGCAGUACACAAGCUGGGAUUCAUCCAUCGUGAUAUCAAACCCGACAAUAUCCUACUCGACCGCGGCGGCCACAUCAAGCUGACCGAUUUCGGUUUGUCCACUGGCUUCUCCAAGGAACAUUCCGCUUCGUACUACCAGCAACUCAUGUCGCAAAACAAGCCCAAAUCCGUCUCGCAGCAGCAGAACCGCAACAGCGUCUCCAUCGACCAGAUCCAGCUCACCGUCUCCAACCGCAACCAGAUUAACACCUGGCGAAAGUCUCGUCGACAGCUGGCCUACUCCACCGUGGGUACUCCGGAUUACAUCGCCCCGGAGAUCUUCUCCGGCAAGGGUUACGAUUUCGGAUGCGAUUGGUGGAGCGUCGGCACCAUCAUGUUCGAAUGCUUGAUCGGCUGGCCGCCGUUCUGCUCCGAAGACUACCACGAGACAUACCGCAAGAUCGUCGACUGGCCGCGCCACUUGAACUUCCCCCCGGACCAGCAACUCGGCCAGGACGCCGAGCACUUUGUCCGCAGCCUCAUCUGCGACUCCCAAAACCGGCUCGGCCGCCUCGCCGGCGCCCAAGACCUCAAGAACCACCCGUUCUUCGCGGGCGUGAACUGGGACGGCCUCCGGCGGAUCCGCGCGCCCUUCGAGCCCAAGCUGCAGUCCAACAUCGACACGCAGUACUUCCCCAUCGACGAGAUCCCCCAGGUCGACAACUCGGCCGCCCUGCGCCGCGAGACCGAGGCCGCCCUCGCGACCGGCGCCGGCGACGAGUCCACCAUGUCCCUGCCGUUCAUCGGCUACACCUACAAGCGGUUCGAUGCGUUCAGGGGAUCUUAG